AACAGCUCAAACAUGCCAUGGCGGCAUGCACCUUUAGUUGACUCUGUCAUAGUUGGCGUAUUAAGAGCUAUUGUAGCAAGACCCGGAGGCUCGAUUGCCUAUCCAGCGAAGAAGAACUGCCUCCCCAAAUCACCUUUUGCAAAUACCCCUAAUGGCGUACCUGUCUCUAUACCUCAAGUUCCAUUGUUUGGAUUUACUGGUCAUCCAUUACGUGCUCCAAUAGGUGCACGAUUUCACUCAACUAAAGUAGGAAAGAAACAGGUUACAACGGACCGGCCACCUGAAAACAUGGACAAGGUCGACUCGCCAGUAAAGCACAAAGGCACCAUGCGAAAACUUCAACCAAAUGGAUACUCACGGCAUCAGUUGAAAAUGCGACUUGGUGCUUCUUCUUACAACAAAUGCAAAAAGUCAGUCCUGUUUCAGCGAUAUUUUGAAAAAGGAAAGGUGGAUACCGUCCCAAAAGCUUCCGAAGCGGUCUACUUUACAAGAUAUAAGCGACCAAAACCGAUAGUGUCCACCACUGUCAACAUCAAUAGACGACUUAAGCAACUUUUGCUAAAUGAAGGUCGAAUCAAUGCAGCUAUCAAGUUCUUAAGAGAGAUGGAGGUUAAUCAGAAGCGAGGUUUGACAGAAGGACCUGAUCUCAAAUCAUAUACCAUGUUGGUACAAAGCUUUGGGCGGUCAAGGAACAUGACUUCGGCCGUUGCCUGGUUUAAGAGGAUGCAAUCUAGAGGAAUCAAAUCGGAUGUCAACAUAUAUACGACGUUAAUUGACGGGUUUAUGCGUCUCUCUGAUGUUGAUCAGGCUGAAAAGUAUUUUGCCGAGAUGAUGAGUUCCAGCAUUCAACCUAAUCUUGUCACCUACAACUGCAUGAUGUAUCAUGCCACCCAACAGCUAGAUAUGGAUACUACAGAGGCAAUUUUUGCUCGCUUGAGGUCUGCUAAACUUCAACCGGAUCCGUACACAUACGCCAUUUUGAUCAAUGGGUAUGCAAGGCACGAUAAUGUGGAUGAAGCAUGGAGAUUGAUGCAAGAGAUGGAAAAGAAUCAUCACAAAAUCUCUUCUGUUAUUGCUACCACCAUCAUGGCUAUGCAUCGACGGCAUAACGACAAUACAGGGGUAAGGAAACUGUAUACGGAUUUCUUCUCGCCUUCUUGUAAAGAUACCACAAUGGAGCAAGCUACGCCAUUGGAGCCAACUACGCACACGCACAAUGUUCUAUUGAAUGCCAUCUUGGCCGAAUCCAAUGCUGAGAUGACUGGCCAAUAUUACACGCACUUCAUCAAGACUUUACCUGCAUCUAAGCGCCAUAAUCGCAACCUCAAAAUCAGCGAACAGGCGGAUCUAAGCAACGCUUACAAUUUUACUAGCUUCAUGAGAGCUUUCCUUCGCCACGAUGACUAUAGCUCGGUGAUUAGCGUGUACAAGGAUAUGCUUCACCACCAUGUUAAGCCCACGAUUGUCACGUAUGGUACUUUAAUGCUGGCUCACGCAUUUGUACCUGAUCCCAACAUGUGCACUCGUAUUCAUCAAGAACUAGAGCGAACGACCCACCUCAAACCCAAUGUUGUCACCUACACCAUCUUAUUACGAGCCUGGGCUAAAGUUGGAGAUUGGGAUAUGGUUGGCAAAGUGUAUCAAGAGAUGCGAUCAAAGGAUAUAGAGCCCAACAAGGAGACUUUAUCUUUGCUUCGAAGAUGGAAAAGCAAUCCAUCGAUGCCUAGUGAAAAUUUCCAAAAGGAAGGCCUCAGUUCCCAACAAUGAAAAGUUUUAGCAGCCAUCACCCCAUCGAUCCCUGAAAAACCUUGUAAAUAAUGAAAACAAUGACAUUAUAGUAGACGCAAUAAAAAAAGAGAAUCUUCCCGACAA